CCCGGGCCUCCUUCGCCGGCCCUCCCUACCUGGCUCAAUCCAACACUCGAUCGCAAUAGUGUCCGUGGCCGACCCCUAGAUCCGUCACAAUGGCCUCCUCUUCGUCCAACGUCGUCGGCGUACACUACAGGGUAGGAAAGAAGAUUGGAGAGGGUUCUUUUGGUGUGAUUUUCGAAGGCACGAACUUGCUCAACAAUCAGCAAGUUGCCAUCAAAUUCGAACCCAGGAAGAGUGACGCACCACAACUGCGGGAUGAGUACCGCACGUACAAGAUCCUCGUCGGCUGCCCUGGCAUUCCCAAUGUCUACUACUUCGGCCAAGAAGGGCUCCAUAACAUCCUGGUCAUUGACCUUCUCGGCCCUUCCCUCGAAGACCUCUUCGACCACUGUAACAGGAGGUUCACCAUCAAGACGGUCGUCAUGGUUGCCAAACAGAUGCUGUCCCGAGUGCAAACCAUUCACGAGAAGAAUCUCAUUUACCGCGACAUCAAACCCGACAAUUUCCUCAUCGGUCGGCCGGGAACCAAGACUGCCAAUGUCAUUCACGUUGUCGACUUCGGCAUGGCCAAGCAAUACCGUGACCCGAAAACCAAGCAGCACAUUCCGUACCGCGAACGCAAGUCUCUUUCGGGGACGGCUAGGUACAUGAGUAUCAACACGCAUCUAGGAAGGGAACAAUCUCGGCGAGACGACCUCGAGGCUCUUGGCCACGUCUUUAUGUAUUUCCUUCGUGGCGGCCUCCCGUGGCAGGGCUUGAAGGCUGCCACGAACAAGCAGAAGUACGAGAAGAUCGGCGAGAAGAAGCAGACGACCGUCAUCAAGGAGCUCUGCGAGGGGUUCCCGGACCAGUUCAACCAAUACCUGACCUAUGUCCGCAACCUGGGCUUCGAGGACACGCCGGAUUACGACUACCUCCGCGAGCUGUUCACUCAGGCCUUGAAAGACACGGGCGGCGUGGAGGAUGGCGAGUACGACUGGAUGAAGAUAGGCAAGCAUGACAAGAAGAACGACUGGGAUCGCCCGGGGGGACUCCACAACCCAAAUGCCAGGCCGGGGCCGUCCAACAUGGAGCUACACGCCAACUCGCGGGGCGCGGCCGGCACCCCUCAUCAGAGCGAUCCCCGAACCACUCAGCAACUCACCAUGGCCCGUUUAAACGCCGCCCAACCCCCGACCCCACCGAUCAAGCAACCAAAGCAAGGUCGGCAAAACGUCCCCGGCGCCUUGGCAACGCCGAGGGCAGGAGCCGGGGGUUACAGGGAUAUGGCGACGCCGACGGGGUCGACGCAGGCUCAAUUCCAGACAAGUACCCAGAACCUGCCCCAGAGGCCGAUGGUGCAUCAGACCAACAUGACCCCACCCCCUGCCAACACCGGCCUGCCAGCUGAGCCCCAGCCGUCCGGUUUCCAGAAGUUCCUGAAGAUGCUCUGCUGUGGCUAGUCGCGAUCGAUGCAAGGGGCGCCAGCUGGGUGGUAGCCUACCCAGCGUGUGCGAUUCUCGGCAAUCUUCACAGACGUCUUUGGACGAUCUUCCACCAGGGCGCGAUCUCGGUCGUAGAAGCAGACCGAUGUGGGAACCUCUGCGCGGGGGGUGAAGCACCGAUCUUCCUUCUUACCGGGGAUAUGGAGGAGAUCCCC